AUGUCUACCGCGUUCAACCGUGUCGUUGAAGCCGUUGGCUUAGUCAACGGCUGCCUUGAUAUGGUUAUCAAAUUAAAUCAGCUUCUCCAGCAGUGGAACAUUAUCGGUGGUGACAUUGACAACGAAGAUCAUGAGGGACUAGUCCCAGAUGUUCCACCAGGACCCGGUCUAGCCGCUCGAGCUAUCGCCGGUGGCCACCGGUUGAUCCGCGUUAUGCUCAACGCCCCAUGGGUAGGAAUUCGAAUGCCAUUAAUUGGUUUCGCGUUCUAA